AUGGGAAAGAGCAAGACCAACAAGAAGGUGAAGGCUGAGGAGCCUAAGAAGGUGGAGAAGGUCGAGAAGACCAAGGGAAAGAAGGCUGCCAAGGCCGAGGAGGAGAAGAAGAAGAAGCAGCAGAAGAAGAAGGAGGAGAAGCCCGCCCCCAUGGAGGUCGAGGAUGACAGCUCCAGCUCGUCGGAGGAGUCUUCCAGCUCCGAGGAUGAGGCCCCCGCCAAGAAGGCCGCCCCCGCUAAGAAGGCCGCUGCCAAGAAGGAGUCCAGCUCCGAGGAGGAGUCGAGCUCGUCUGAGUCCGAGUCCGAGGAGGAGGUGAAGCCCGCCAAGAAGGCCGCCGCCGCCGCCGCCAAGAAGGAGUCCAGCUCCGAGGAGGAGUCGAGCUCGUCCGAGGAGGAGUCCGACGAGGAGGAGAAGAAGCCCGCCGCCGCUGAGAACAAGAGGAAGCGCGACGAGGAGGAGAACGGCGAUGACUCGUCCACCGGCGAUGCCGAGGAGAGCAACACCAAGAAGGCCAAGACUGACGAGACCCCGUCGAACGCCAACUUCUUCAUCGGCAACCUGCCGUGGAGCGCCGAGGAGGACACUGUGAAGCAGUUCUUCGAGAGCCAGGGCGUGAGCGCCGUGUACGCCGUGCGCCUCAUCACCGACCGCGACACCGGCCGCAAGAAGGGCUUCGGCUACAUCGAGACCUCCGCCAGCGACGUCGACGCCGUGCUUGCCCUCAACGGCGCUGACUUCGAGGGCCGUGAGCUCAAGGUCGACAAGGCCAACGAGCGCCCUGCCAACGCCGAUCGCGACACCAAGCCCCGCGACGCCCCGCGACAGAGCGGUGAGGCUGCCACCGACGGCAACGUCUUCCUGGGCAACCUCUCGUUCAACUCGACCGAGGACAGCAUCUGGGCCGCCCUGGAGCAGUUCGGUACCGUCAAGGCCGUCCGCAUCGUCUACGACCGCGAGACCCAGAGGCCCCGCGGUUUUGGCUACUGUGAGUUCGAGGACGCCGAUACCGCCAACAAGGCCAUCGCCGCCAGCGGCACCGUUGACGUCGACGGUCGUCAGAUCAGGAUCGACACUGCCACUGCCAGGUCUGGCGGCGGCGGAGGCGGAGGCGGCGGCGGCGGCGGUUUCCGUGGUGGUCGUGGCGGCGGUGGUUUCCGUGGCGGCCGUGGUGGCGGUCGCGGUGGUGACCGUGGCGGCCGAGGAGGUCGCGGUGGUCGUGGCGGUUUCAGGGGCUCGUCCACGCCCUCGUUCGCCGGCAAGAAGACCAGCUUCGACUAA